UCUGAAUAAGUAUUGUAGAAUUCUAUUAAAAACAGAUUUUUGUGUGGGACAGUAAUGUCUUGUCUGAUCUAGAGACAUGGGAAGGGAGAAGGGAGGCACAGGCACAGAAUUUCAAAACUGGCUGUUUUGGGUGAGUUUGAGUCUAUUUUCUAGUAAGGUCUUGAGGGAUCAUGUAUGACAGCAGGAAAAAAAAUUAUAAUUCCUCUUUUUUUUAAACAUUGCAAGAUUGUGAUGGAACAAUAGGAUGUUUUAAGGGUAAAUUUAGAAAUUCUGACCUGAUAUUUUAAGGGAGGUGAUUUGUGAGUUUGUUCUUCCUAUCAAGUGCACAGUACAUACAGGCAUGCAUCUCAUCUGGCUGAAGAGAUGGUGUUCAUCACAGCAUCCUUUUUAAUUCUGUUCAUUUCUGCCUUGGAAUUGUAUUUUCUUAGAGAAAGGCUAAGAAAAUGCAAACUGUAAAAUUAUACACUCUCACUCCCAAAUUUAAGCAUCAUAUCUCCAAUAAUGCCAUUAAUCAGUCACGUGAUAAUGCGUUGUAAAUGAGGUUGUUUUUUUUUUGUUUUGUUUAAAAAAAUACUUGAAAAAGGCUAGCUGUGUACAACAAAACUCAACAGACAGAUAAUGAUAGUGGCUAUGUUCUUAAUGUAAGAGACUCCAGAAUUAAUAAUAUCUAUAGAAUACAAUUGUCAGGUUUAUCAGGGGGGUAGGCUGGAGGAUGGCGGAAUUGUCUCGUUCCUCUUAUUUCAGCCAAGGUAAAUAAUCUGAUAACAGAAUGCCCUUUAAACUUGGAACUCAGUAGUUUGUGAGGGGAACAGUGUUCAAUAAGUUUAAAUUGUUCCAUAAGCUUGUUGCCUGAUUUCACUGUAAAAUGAUAAAUUCUGCUCUCUUUACUGAUGGUAAACUAUGUCAAAUGGAAGUAAAAUCCUGCAAGUCUAGCGUUAUUGUGUUUGGAGAACUAAAAGAAAUGAAAACUGUUUUUUUCAACGAAUUAACUUGUUGCAAAAUACCAUAGACACUAAGGUAUUUGCUGAAUACCUUUGAAAAGUCAGUUAAUUAUUUACAAAAGUAAUACUUAGGGAGUUUUCACAGGUAGUAGAAACUGUUGAUAGAGACAGUAAAGAAGAUGAGAUUUAAAAGCUGUUUUUUCAUCCUAGUCACGAUAUGUUCAGGCAAACUCUUUGCAGAAGCAAAGGAUACUCAUGCUUCUGGAUGAAAUAAAGAAUAAAAUAAAUGUGUCCUGCAUCAGUUUUGCCCAGUUCACAUUAGGAAGUUUCAAUCUACAGCUGAUAUUCCUGUGAAUCUAAAGAACAAAAGCUGAUAAAACUGUAAUAUAUCUUAAUUUCAUCAAGUCUUAAAAGGCUCCUCAUUCUUGUAAACCUUGUGACUUGCCACACAUAGAAAAUGGGAAGAUUGCUCAGUACUAUUACAGUUUCAAAAGUUAUUAUUUCCCUAUGCAUAAAGACAAAAAGCUUUCCUAUUCCUGUAUGGUGGGUUACACAACUGAAACCGGGACUCAAGAUGGAAGAAUAACCUGUACAGCAAAAGGAUGGUCUCCAGUGCCACGAUGCUACAGAAAAUGCAGCAAGCCUCUUUUGGAAAAUGGCUUUUUUUAUGGCACAGAAAUGUACUUCAAAAUCCAUGAGAAAUUGCAAUACAAAUGUAAUCCAGGCUAUCACACUCCAAAUGGUGGUACUGAAGAUACAGUACAGUGUCAGCCAGAAGGAUGGUCCUUCCAGCCAAGCUGUACUGAAAAAUUGGAGUCAUGUCAAGUACCCAAUUUACGUCACGGCCACUACUUCACAGCCCAGAAGGAGCUUCGAGUGAACGAAACGCUGCUGUACCGGUGCGACGAGGGAUAUCGUACGGCGGGAGGGAGCGCUACAGAGGCAGCAGUGUGUCUGACAUAUGGGUGGGCCCUUACUCCAAACUGCACCAGAAUAACUUGCUCCUCUUUGAGUGCAGUAGCUCAUGGAGGUUUCUAUCCUGUGAAGAAAAUCUAUGAAGAGGGAGAUGUAGUUCACUUCUUCUGUGACAAACAUUAUUCUGUCACUGAAUUUGACUUAAUUCAAUGUUAUUAUUUCGGGUGGCAUCCAGACCCUCCUGUGUGUGAAGAUGUAAAAAAUAAAUGUCCUCCACCCCCACUUCCUCCUCAUGGCCAUAUCACCACAAUUAGAAGAACAUAUCAUAAUGGAGACAAAGUUCAUAUACAGUGCCAAAGGACCUUUGAAAUAAGAGGAUCUGAGGAAAUCCGGUGUGAAGAAGGAAAAUGGACACCACCCCCUAUUUGUAUUGGAGCUAUGGAUAAACAGGAGUCUGAGGCCCCACCGUCACUGAAGUCAGAUGCAGCAAUAAGGGCAAACAAAACAUAUGGAAAUGAAGAAAUGAAAAUGCAGCAAGACUGUACCUCUCCACCUGUGAUUAAAAAUGGUGCUGUUCUUGGUCCAUUAUUGGCAAGUUACAAAAAUGGUUCCUCAGUAGAAUAUGGCUGUCAGCAUUACCACUUUUUGGAUGGACCUAGAACUGUUUACUGCAAUCAAGGAAACUGGACAGAACAACCAAAUUGCUUAGAACCAUGCACUCUUAAUGUAACUGAUAUGGACAGCAACAACAUAGAGUUGAAAUGGAGACAGGAAGAGUUAAUUUUCCUACAUGGAGAUCUCAUAGAGUUUGAAUGUAAACAGGGAUAUAAUUUUCUCCACACUACCAUUCUGUCCCCUGGGAGGACACAGUGUGACCAUGGCAGACUGAAAUAUCCAAAAUGUGUUAUGCAAGCUCCUACAGAAAAAUGUGACUCUCCACCAUCUAUUGCAAAUGGAGCUCUUACUCUCCCACCACUGACCCAGUAUGACAGUGGUUCCUCAGUUCAGUAUAGUUGCUCUGACUAUCAUUUUUUGGAAGGAUCUGAGAGAAUCUACUGUUCUAAAGGGCAGUGGACUUUGCCACCAGUUUGUAUAGAGCCAUGUACUUUGUCAAAAAAUGAAAUGGAGAAAAAUAAUGUGCUGCUGCAAGGCUUCUAUGCAAAUCAGGUUUACUUUUACCAUGGGGAUUAUGUUGGAUUUUACUGUAAACAGAACCAUUUUGGAGCAGAAUCUGGUACAACUUUAUUUCAAGUACAGUGUAAGAGAGGACAGCUGACGUAUCCGAGGUGUGUUGAAAGAGGAAAAUAAGUCUGGACUCCAGGAAAGCCUAUAGGAAAGGUAAGGAGCCUCUAAAGGACAAGGCUUGAGGAACAAGAUAAACCAGAAAGUAUUAAAAAAAAUUCUUUAAGGGAUCUAUAAAACCAUUUAAAACAUAAUAAUAUGCAAAUUUUACUGAGUUGUUAAAAUAUUAAGAAUGAUAAUUAAGAAUAUUAAAAUAUCCAAUCCAACUACUUUGUAUGAUUUCCUAUGACACUUAAAUAUGGGUAUCCUUAAGGCUUUGCCUGUGAACAUGUGUGACUGAAGAUAUGAAGAAAAUUCAGGAAUGUGGACAAUGUUUGCCUUGCACCCAUUUUAGUUGGUUUUAAUAAAAAAGCCACUAUAAGGGUUUCUUCUGUAUUUUAUGUCUAAACUCCAUCUGUCUGUGAAAUCAGUGCAUGCAUGGUGUUCUGUAUGGGUUUCCAAGGUUUUUGCAAGUGUUACAUGAAUAAAUAAAACAAGAAAAGAAAUUAAAGCAUUUGAGAAAUAGAU